UGUUGGCAGGGGGCGGAGAGGGUGCGGAACCACUGGCUGGGGCUCCCCACUCCCGCCCCCACGCCGGGCUGGUAGUGGCGUGGCUACACCGUGGCCUCAAGGAGCCAGUCCUGCCCGGAUGGGGCUCGCCGGAUUGGUUUCGGUUUUCACGCACUCCCAUUUCUGUGGCCGCUGUGCAUUCGCGGAGUGUUCUCUGCUGCUUCUGGGUCCUGACAGUCUUGAAAAGAUCCAGCUGCUGAACUGCCUUGUUAGGAACCACUGCUGUGGAACUGGUGCAGUCAUUUGGAGUAGCCAUGUUGCUCACAGCUUGAGGUGCAGCAGUCUGAACCACCCGGCGGCUGAGCAGAGGAACCUAAUAAGGAACUAUUCCAGAGUCUAUUACCAUCUGUAUUUGUUCAUUGCCAGCACCAGUAAGACAGAGAGGAGACGGCACACAGAGAAGGAUAUGUGAAAUGGAGGCAGAGAUUGGAGCGAUGGAUAUAGCCACCAGGAAUGCUGACAGCUACCAGAAAUUGGAAGAUGCAAUAAGGAAGGAUUCUCCCUUAAAGCCUCCAGAGAGAGGGCAACCCUGCCAACAUGUGAAUUUCAGACUUCUGGGCUCCUGAACGGAAGGGAGGAAGAGAGGAAAUCAGGUGUACUUCAGAGGUCUCUGAAUCCAUCUACCGUCCUGAUUUGCCACAAUUAUUGGUAACAACUUAGAUGCACUGCAAUAAUAAAUAAAAGAAGUGACACCUGGCUCUAGAAUACCAACCAGUGUAAUGAUAUUCAUCAGUCACAUCCAUGUCCCAAGCAAGUCCUGCCCCUUGUGUCAUUGCCCCCAACAGCAGAGAGCAUUCAUCAUGAAAACAACUGCUGUGCCCUGUAUGUAUUAAAAACGGCAGGCUUUUAUGACAAGCCUCUCUAAUUUAGGUCUCUUCUUUAAAGUAAUAAGCGAGAAAAUAUGUAACAGGAGGAAGGAAGGGGAAUGGUGGAAUACUUUUGUGUCAAGAUGUACAAGGUCAUUGAAGGUUAAGUGUUAAAAAUACAAUCCAGACUAGCCUUGAACUUAUGCCUCUCCACACCCUACUUCUCCAUGUCCCUCCAACUAAAGCAAAUUUCAGACUUGGAAAGGAAUCCUGCAUCUUGCGGUCCCCACAUCUAUCAUUUUUAAAUGCUGAAAGCACUCAAGAGUUAGAAGGAACCUUCCAGAUUGAUACCAGCAUUUCUUAAGGCAUGUUCUAUGAAUCCUAGUUCCACAGAUGUUAAUAGGCAUGUACACACAUGCACACACACAGUUCUGUGGUCAGCAUAGGGGAACACUGGGUGAAACAAACAUAAGCAGGUUUAUUGCAGGGCUUCUCGGAGCCUUUAAUAGGUGAACAUUCACUAUGAAUCUCCACAGUGUUUGUGGUGUUAAUAUAUUUUACCUUAGAAUCAUUUUUUUAAAACAAA